CGUACCAUGGCCCGGACAGCAAAUGUACCUUAACGCGUACACACUUUCAGUUUAAUUAUAAAUUUGUAGCUCCACCCCCUUCUCUCCCUGCAUCACAACUCACCUUCAUUUCCAACCUUCCCCAUUUUAAUUUGCUCCUAAACCAGAGUCCCUAUACUACUUUAUUUAGGCAGACUCCAACUUUUUUCUGAAAAGCUAUCCUCUUCUUCUAUUCUUUCUUCAGCCCUGGAUGUUGAGAGAAGUGGGUACUACAAGUUGUUGCUGUAGAACAAAAAAUGGAGCGUCCUCCGUACUACGCACCGUCCCAUAUUAAUGUGGAGUCAUCAUCUCGGCCGUCUUUAGGCUUCCCCCUUGGCACUGCCGUUCUCUUAAUUGUCAUUUUCAGUUUGAGUGGCGUCUCUUCUUGCUGCUAUCACUGGGACAAAAUUCGUUCCCUCCGCCGUCGAUCUUUCCCCGACCUCGAAGGGGGCGAUGAUCCUGCUUCCUUGAAACCCAAACAAACCCACAUGAGUGAGAAGCAGAACCAAAGCCAAAUCUUGCCGGCAGUGUUAAUGCCAGGUGAUCAAGUUCCAAAAUUCAUAGCAUUGCCUUGUCCAUGUCAACCUCCUAGAACAGGAAAGGUGGUUGUAGAGGUUCAGACGCCGCCGCGGCCGCCACCUUCACCUCCUAAGCCAAUUCGUAUGGUGAUGGGAUUACCUUUGUAUUAGUAUAAGCAGAGUAUUAAUGAUUUAGGACUGGGCUCAUUGGUGUAUAGCAGAGUGUAUAUAUUGAAUUGUGGUGAUCAACUAAACUCCCAAUGGGAAACAUCAGUUCUUUAUUUUGUGUUUUAACAGCUUAAUUAAUAUGCACAUUGUAUUGGAAAAAAAUUGAAUUUACAUUGAAGGUGACGUGACAUGACACGAGGAUUGGUCAAAUGGUCAAAACAUGAUGAUCAGUUAAGAGACACGAGUGACAACAAAUACGGGGAAAGGAAAGCUAAAUAUGCACGAGAGACAAUUCGAAUAAUACAAGUUUCGUACCUAUUUAGGUCAUUUAAAGCCAAGAGAUCAGAAGGCAUUGAAGACAUGGAUAUGAUGACAAAAAGGAGUCCAAAUUCAAUAUUAAAUACCCAAUACGUUAGAGAAUUGGUAUUAAAUAGGAAUGAUUGUGUAACGUCUUAUUUAAUGUCAUUUAUUGUUUAUAAUUGUCUCAUUAAGGUUAAGGUAUUACUCCUUUAUUUAGGAUCAACUAUAAAAGGAGGAGGUCAGAUCAUUUGUAAGGACAAAGGAUACCAUCAACAUUACAUUAAAAUACAAACUUAUCUACUGCUUA